GUCGGGCGGUCGGUCGGUCGGUGCGGGGCCCCGCGGGGGAAUGUCACAGCGGCUCCGGGGAGCCCCAGCCACCCUCGCCAUCGCUGCCACCGACACCUCCGGGCACCGCCACCAUGAACCCCCAGUGCGCCCGCUGCGGGAAAGUCGUGUAUCCCACCGAGAAAGUCAACUGCUUGGACAAGUAUUGGCAUAAGGGAUGUUUCCACUGUGAAGUCUGCAAGAUGGCGCUCAACAUGAACAACUACAAAGGCUACGAGAAGAAACCUUAUUGUAACGCACACUACCCAAAGCAGUCCUUCACAACUGUGGCAGACACACCUGAAAAUCUUCGCCUGAAGCAGCAAAGUGAAUUGCAGAGUCAGGUCAAGUACAAAAGAGAUUUUGAAGAAAGCAAAGGGAGGGGUUUUAGCAUCGUCACCGACACGCCUGAACUACAGAGACUGAAGAGGACUCAGGAACAGAUCAGCAACGUAAAAUAUCAUGAAGAUUUUGAAAAGACCAAGGGAAGGGGUUUUACACCUGUUGUGGAUGACCCUGUGACUGAGCGAGUGAGGAAGAACACCCAGGUGGUCAGUGAUGCUGCCUACAAAGGGGUUCAUCCACACAUCGUGGAGAUGGACAGGAGGCCCGGAAUCAUUGUGGAUCUCAAAGUUUGGCGCACUGACCCUGGUUCCAUCUUCGAUAUUGAUCCCUUGGAAGACAAUAUUCAGUCUAGAAGCCUGCGUAUGCUCUCUGCACCUGUUCUGCCUGGAGCCUACCAGCAAAGCCAUUCACAAGGUUAUGGAUACAUGCAUCAGACCAGCCUGUCAUCCAUGAGAUCAAUGCAGCAUUCACCAAAUCUAAGGACCUACCGAGCCAUGUAUGAUUACAGUGCCCAGGAUGAAGAUGAAGUGUCCUUCAGGGAUGGCGACUACAUUAUCAAUGUGCAGCCCAUUGAUGAUGGCUGGAUGUAUGGCACCGUGCAAAGGACGGGGAAGACGGGCAUGCUGCCAGCCAAUUAUAUUGAGUUUGUUAACUAAUUCCUCAUCCUUGCCCCUUAAGCUUUAUCCUAAUGUAUACUAAACCUGAUCUUUUUAAAAGGUAGAAGAUUCUUUUAAGACAACUCAACUGUUGUUUGAUAAUAAUCUGUCCUUCCUUUGACAGUUAGACACACAGGUACCAGGAAGAAGGAAUGACUUUUGGACUGAAAACAGCAGCAUUUUCAGUAAUCCCUAUAAAAUUUCUGUUUUGGCCUGGAGAUUUGGUGUUGCUAAUUGUGUUAAUGGUUUCCUUGAUUUGGCUAUUGAACCCUCUGGGAAAUGUCUUUUUUUGUAGACUUGAGAUAAAUUGUUGUCUAUCUCUUAAACAGAGCAACUAUUCUUCUUAGCUGUCACUUUGGAAUUGCCAGAAGCUAAUUUUCUUAAUUCUGUAACACCGCCAAUAAUUUAAAAACUACUUAGAUUUGGAGUCUUUAAGUAAUUUCUAAUUGAGGUGAAACUGCCUAAUAUAAUACACAUAAGCAGUGGCAGGAUGAUGGUGAAAAUUACAUUGACUGUUGGUCUAAGGGACCUAGAAGCAAAAAACCAUCAUUGUUCCCUUGGCCAACCUUGAUCUAUUUAUUUCUCACUUGUACCAAUGCAAUCCUACUCCCUGUCAAUAUUGUGGUCCCACAUCUCUGCUUAGAAUUGGGCCCACAGGAUGUCAGAACCAAAUAACAUCACAGCUACUCUGCAAAGGGCAAAUUUUAAGGUUACCUAAUUUCUUUAAUAGGCUUUACCCUGUUGCAUGUCAUGUAGGUUCAAGCUUCUGUAACAAACAUUCCUGUUAUUAAAGCAAAAAAUAUGGCUGAUAUAUAAAAACCUUUUUCUCUAGUGCCAGCUCAUCAUAAAAAAAUAAUUUUUGAAAAGUUGCUUGAUAUUCUCCUGCUGCAUUGCAUUCUAGUUUUGAAGGAUAUACACCUUAGAAAUUAGCUAUAUAGUCUAGUGCACAAGUGGUUUAGGUGUUUAUUGAACAAUUUUCAUUAACCUAAUGCUUCUAUUGAUUUAAGGUAAACAAAACUUAACAGGAGCUAGUGUAUAUGUAAACAUGUGGGGGACAGUAUGGGAGACAAAAUGUGCUGCAGAAAACCACCAAAAAUUGAGAGAGCAAGAGAGAGAGAAAUGACUUUUUUUUCCAGAUUUGGGGAUGGGAAGGUAGCUACUGAAACUAGUUAAUAAAAAGCCUUCCUCUCCACUUCCCAAUUUUUAUUUUCUUAGUUCAUAAUAACAGAAUGCUAAGAUAGGAAUGUACACAGAGAUUUUGCAGCUCAGAUCCAACAGAUGUUCACUAAAAUAGAAUUGAUGGUACAUUGUGAUUUGGGCUUUGAGUUAUGUGAGUUUGCUGGAUUCACAAUCAUGGUGGUAACCCUGGCUAGCUGGCCAUGAGCUUUUGCCACUCUCAAGAUUACCACAGAUUAAUACUCAUUUGCAACUCUGUCUUCCUGAUUGUGUCAUUUAUUGGAUCUGCAACAGAACAGCAUUCUUCUAGGGUUCUGACUAUGUGGUUUGGAUGAACUGGAAAAACAGUCAUGAAAAGAAAAUUGAUAAAACUCUUGACCUGAAGAGAAAGUACAUAGGUAAAAUCACUUGCCUGACUUGUGGCUUAUGUUGGUUUAAAUCCCCAGCACUAAGAAGAAUGAUCCUUGAGCACAGAGGUGGGUGUCGACAAUGAGCACUGUUGGGUGUGGCCCCCCACCAUCCAAAAAAAUAAUUCUGGGACGGCUGCCUUAUGUGUUCUAUUAAAGUAAAUGCACUAGAUUUCCUGUAAAAUAUUUUUAUUAAAUUAUUCAUCCAAGUCACUACUUGUUGAUAUCUUUAAAACUUAGGACAUACUUUUUAAAAA